UGCUAGAUAGCCAAGAAAGCUGACAUGGGGAAGUUAUGUACAGCAUCCUUGUGACCUUUUUGCAGUGAAGAUACAUAUCUGUCCAAUAAAGCCCAAGCCAAAUGACAGUGACAGCUGCCUCAUGGCAUUCAGUUUGAAUUGAACAGGUUUGCUCACAAGUCUGGAGCAAGUAUUUCAUUACAGACUGUGCACCAAGAACAACAUAAGCCCCCCAAAGUGAAACUUUCCCUCAGCAACUAUGGAAAAUGCCCCGGUGGACUGAGAUGCACUUCACAGGCUCCUCCUUAUCUCCUUGCUUUGACUUUCCUGAAUGCUGUCAACCUCUGGGGGUAUUUGCGUGUUGGUGUAGCACUUGCAGGAGAAGAAAAUCACCCUUCAUCUAUCAGGAGUGAUCCAGGGUAUUAUGGGAACCGAGCACUCAAAAAACGAGGGACGAAGAAGCAUGUUUUUCCUGCGGAAAAGUUCAAAGUUGCCUGCAUGGGAAGAUGCUCUUCUCUCAGGGAAAGACCCCAAGUCACUGCUGAAACGGGGACUGCAUUAUAUUAGCUUGAGCCUUAUAAUGAAAGGGAUGACCAGUGCCCCUGACUUCUUGUGGGGACUGCCCGAAGUGCAGAAACUGAACCUUUCACGUAAUCAUCUGGUGGUGAUUUCUCCUUCACUGGGAAAACUGGACCGGCUUGUAGUGCUGAACCUGGGUGGCAACCGCCUCAAGUGCCUGCCGAAGGAGAUUGGGCUACUGAGAAACCUGAAGGUUUUGUUUGCUAAUAUGAACUGCCUGACAGAAGUGCCAGCAGAACUCAGCUUGUGCAGGAAGCUGGAAGUUUUGAGCCUCUCGCACAACUGCAUCUCACAACUGCCUUCAAGCUUCACUGACCUGACAAGUUUAAAGAAACUGAACCUCAGUAACAAUCGUUUUGUGCAGAUCCCUCUCUGCAUUUUCACACUGAGGAGCUUAGACUUCUUGCACCUGGGGUCCAACAGGCUUGAAAACAUUGCAGAGAGCGUCCAGUAUCUAGUUAAUUUGCAAAUCUUUAUCGUAGAAAAUAAUAACAUACGCAAUCUGCCACGGUCUCUUUGCUUCAUCACAGCACUGGAGCUGCUAAAUGUAGAUUACAAUUCCAUACAGACUCUUCCAGAUGACCUCUAUCUGCUGCGCAGGCUGCCCCGGAUUGCAUGGAACCCAAUGGACAAAGGCCUUCACAUCUCCCACAACCCUCUGUCCCGACCCCUGCCUGAGAUCGUCGAAGGUGGACUGGAUGUCCUCUUCAACUAUCUCAAGGAGAAGAAGGAGCACAACUGAGUUUCUGCCGGACUUGGGAUUAAGCCUGUCAUCAUGACUCGCUUGUGCCAGAGCACUUUCCCCAACAGUCACUUCCACUUCAUAACGUUUGGAUUUCUGAGACUGUGGAUGGCUUUAGUAAUG